GUCUACACAAACACGGAAGUGCGCCGCGGGGAAGCCUUUAGCCCCGCCCCCGAACCUCCGGGUCAGUGCGGUAGUUCUGUCGGGGGCUCGGCUGCUGCUGCUGCUGUUGGACCCGGCGUCAGUCCUGGAACUCGGCUCUCUUUCGGCGGUGUCGUUGGUCCGGCAGGCGGAUGGAGAGUCACGGGAGAGACGAGGGCAAAGGUCCGGUUCUGCACAUUGUCGUGGUCGGAUUUCACCACAAAAAGGGAUGCCAGGUGGAGUUUUCGUACCCGCCUCUGAUGCCGGAUGAAGGCCACGACAGCAGCCUGCUGCCGGAGGAGUGGAGGUACCUCCCGUUCCUGGCUCUGCCUGACGGGGCGCACAACUACCAGGAGGACACUGUGUUUUUCCAUCUGCCCCCCCUCUCCGGAGACGGGAAGUGCGUGUAUGGAGUUUCCUGUUAUCGCCAGAUAGAAGCUAAGGCCCUUAAGGUCCGCCAGGCAGACGUCACCAGGGAGACGGUUCAGAAGAGCGUUUGCGUUCUCAGCAGAGUGCCUCUUUACGGUCUCCUUCAAGCAAAGCUGCAGCUGAUCACGCACGCCUACUUCGAGGAGAAAGACUUCUCUCAGAUCUCCAUCCUGAAGGAGCUCUACGAUCACAUGAACGGCUCUCUGGGAGGCUCCGCCCUGGACGGCUCUCAGGUUUACCUCGGAUUAUCAGCCAGAGACCUGAUCCUGCACUUCCGACACAAGGUUCUCAUCCUCUUCAAGCUCAUCCUGCUGGAGAAGAAGGUCCUGUUCUACAUUUCUCCGGUCAGCAGGCUGGUGGGAGCUCUCAUGACGGUUCUGUCGCUGUUUCCCGGGAUGAUGGAGCACGGCCUGGUGGACUCCUCCCACUACAAGCCCCGGAGCAGCGUGUCGGAGGAGCUGCCGCUGAAGGAGAGCGUCUCCGGAGGGGAGGAGUUUGUGUCCGUGUCCGUCUCUGAUGUUGCUGAUCCGAACCUGGAGGGAACGGCGCCCCCUGCAGGAGACUCCGGUAACAGCACGGAGGGAAACCACCUCCUCAAACCGCCGGCGUCCUCCUCUCCGGUGUCCGCUUCUCCGGUGUCCUCGGAAAGCGACUGGGAGACUCUGGACCCGGGCGUGUUGGAGGAAGGCGGUCCCAAAGAGUCACCUGAGAAAGAGGAGGAGCUCCUGGACACCUUCGACUCGCAGCCAGGUGUUCCCAUCACCGUACAGCCGCAGGCGGUCACCGGUCAGGGGGGGGUCACCCAGGGGCUGGUGUCCGGCCUGGAGGAGGAUCAGUACGGACUGCCGCUCGCCAUCUUCACUAAGGGUUACCUGUGCCUGCCCUACAUGGCGCUGCAGCAGCAUCACCUCCUGUCAGACGUGGCCGUGCGAGGCUUUGUUGCCGGGGCGACCAACAUCCUGUUUCGUCAGCAGAGGCACCUCAGCGACGCCGUCAUUGAAGUGGAGGAGGCUCAGAUCCAGAUCCAGGAUCCCGAGCUCAGGAAGACGCUGAGCCUGACCACGGCGGACCUGCGUUUCGCCGACUACCUGGUCAAACACGUGACGGACAACCGGGACGACGUGUUCCUGGACGGGACGGGCUGGGAGGGGGGAGAUGAGUGGAUCCGGGCGCAGUUCACCCUGUACCUGCACUCCUUACUGUCGUCCACGCUGCAGCCAGACAGCGACCGGCUGCUGGCCGACUUCGGAGUUCCUUUCAUCACAGCGUGGAAGAUCACGCACAGCUUCAGGGUUUGGUCCAGCAACAAGCACGUCGCCAUGUCCAGCAUCACACCUGGUCAUCCGUUCCACGGUCAAUACAGCGUGGCCGAUGUGAAGCUCCGCCUCUCACACUCUGUCCAGAACAGUGAGAGAGGUAAGAAGUUGGGGAACGCCAUGAUGACCACGAGCCGCAGCAUGGUCCAGACCGGGAAGGCAGUGGGUCAUACGGUGGGCGGAGCUUUGAACAGCGCCAAGUCUGCCAUGUCCUCCUGGUUUUCCACACUGGCCCAUCCGGCGCUGGCGACCGGACCAGAAGUUUCUGAACCCAACACUGAGACGAAACCAUGAGAAACCAUGCCCCCCACCCCCACCCCACCCUUCAAUCUUCGAACUGGACCCAGCUGUAGCAGCCUCCUUAUGCCCCGCCCCAUACAGGAACAGAAGCUCCUGCCUCAAAGCCGAUGAUUCCUCUCAGCCUGUGUUGGACGCCGUGGUGCGUUCAGGAACGUUUGACUCUAAAGGUGGACCUCCCAGUCCACCUGGACCUUUCAGGUGUUCUUAGGAGCUCCGCCCACCAAGCAAAGUGCUCUUUGUCGACUUCUUCCUGCUUUUACUGUUGUCCUCGUCUUUGGUGUUGAAAGAGGUUUUAGUUUUUUUUAUCCUGAGAUCUUUUUAUUUUGUAUUUAAAGUCUGAAUGUACGGAUAUUUUUCCUGACAGAUACUUUUAAUGAAGUGGUAUUUUAUCGUAUAUUAUGGCUCUGGUGUUACGAUGCUGUAUGACGGUUCAUAAAUCAAUAAAUAAAUGCACUUUUAUGAA